UAUAUACGCUGAUCAUACCGGCGGGGUUUCCUUAAUGAAUCAUAGCCACUACACCGCUAUAAUCUAGAGUCAGACCAUCUCACGUCCUAUUAAUUAAACUGAUGUAAUGUCUCUGGACCUUAGUUUACAUUUUGCUUAAAUAAUUUUCAUUUUGUAGACCAAUAGCAUGGAUCCUACAGUGAAAAAAUGGUUUAAAUCCAUAGGUUUAACAGAAGCAAAUAACCACAAGACUAAUUAUAAUAAUGACUUCAUAGAGCAACAUGGUAACAUCAAAUCCGUCAAGAAGGAAGCCGGUUUUGAUCCUGUACAAGUGCAGGAGAAAAUGAACUUUUUCAUGAUGCAGUCACUCGUAAUUGAAGUUGGAACUGAGCAGAUGAGGAAGUAUUUUCUUAAGCAAACCGGAAUUGACAAAUCCAAUGUUGGACAAUUUCUCAUGCAAGAGCAGCAUGCUAGAUUAAAGAAUAUCAAAAUUGUUGCCGAUCAGAAGCAAAUAAUGUACAGAAAAGAUGCCAAUAUCAAAAAAUUUGAUAUCACCAUAAUGAUGAUACUGAUUCGGUAUUGCUGUGGUGUUUCACGCCCAGACAAAUUCUGGACAAAUCCCGGACAACAAGAUAAUACAAACCUAGCUAAUUUAGUGAGAAUACAAAAGUACAGGAACAUGAUGAUAGCACAUAAUCCAGACCUUAGAAUUCCAGUAGUUGAGUUUGAAAAUUAUUGGAAAAUUCUAACACCUAUUUUCAAAAACUUAGGCGUUACUGUUGAUGAAAUUAACAAGUAUCGCCAAAUAGUAUAAUCGUAACAAUUAUGGUUAGCGUACAAGCUAAGCGUAUACCCGACUAACACUUUGACCUCUAUCUAAAUAAUAUGAUAGUGUUGAACUUUACUAUACAAAACAUUUUUUAGAGUGUUAAACACCUACUUAUAACGUAAAUGACGUUGCUAACUUUGCUCUGCUAGCUUAUAAAUUGGUCAUAACGGUCGUGAAAGUUAUAAAGUUUGGUGUUUGUUGGGUAAAAAGUAAUAAUCAGUGAGCGAGUCAAUCUUUUAUAUUUCGAAUAUGCUAUGCAGAACUAUUGGGAAAAUAUAGUAUAAGGUAGCUUUAAAUGCGUAUCAUAUGGCUUAGGAAAAUUAUUCUAAAUGUUUUAAAAUGUUUUUAAAUGCUGUAAAAU